AUGAUCAACCCGGUGCUGGAUUUCAAUAUGGCACUGUCCCUCAAGCGACGGAGAGAUUAUGGAAAUGACACUGAAAAUGGCAAUCCACACAAGUAUGCUCAAAGACAAGCUGUCGGUUCCGAGGGAGCAAGUUCUCCCCAUUAUUUUGACUCCGGCAUGGAGUUAGACUUGCCAAGUGACACAAGUGGCGUCGGACAUGAUAUGUUAGUUACAGAAGGGGGGUUCGGAGAGGAAUGGAUAUGCUACGGAGCGAUCUGCGGAGCCCAGGUUCUGCUGAAUCCUCAGACCCAGGUGACCAAAGAGACGCAGUCAUGGGCCAGGUAUUGCUUAUUCAAGAUCGAGCCUGACGGAAAAACACACUACUUGGUUGGUGGUGGGGAAACCAGCUCAAAGAAGAGAUCAGUUCUGGACUGCGAUACAGCCGCGAUUCUGACGAUCGUAGCCGAAAGAUCCAGAGACACAUCAUUCGCAGUGGUCCUUGGAGUCGAUGUAUUACGUGGCAAGCGUGAAAGAUCCGGCAAGGGCCUACCAGUUAACAUCUCAGUCAACAUCUAUGGUCCUAGAAACUCGAUUAGCGACGUUGAUGAGGCCUUGUCCGAGAUUGGCACUUAUCGCACUUAUCUACAGCAUCCCAUAUUUCUGGAACCUGGUAUCCCAUACAUCAAUCCGCAGUUCUUCUACCCAACUUCCCAGAAGACCGAUCUCAGACAUUUGGUUGGUUCAAGCACUCGGGAAAGCGACAAUAAAUCCAAGAUUUCUCAAGAAGUCGAAGAGGUCAUGGAAUCCUUGGACGGUUCGUCCGAGGAUAUCACAGCAGCCAGGAGUGAAGAUAUGCAGCAAAUUCUGGAUCACUUCUUGCUUAACACAAGAUUGACAGAGCAUCAGCUCAAAGGCGUUGAGUUCAUUCUUGGCCGCGAGAACGAGGAGGUAGCCACGCAAAUGCAUAGACAUAUGCUCCUCUCGAUCCAUUAUAGCUUGUUAUCUCACCCAGACAAACCGGGCCGUGGCGGAAUACUCGCAGACGUGAUGGGCCUCGGCAAAACAUUGACAAUGCUAAGUGCUAUUCUUUGCUCGAAGCAACUGGGCCAGUCUUCCAUCAGAGAUAGUACGGGCAAUAUCAAGGCUCAAGAACACCCACCAUCGAGCAUCACUCUUGUUGUUCUCCCAUCUCGGCAGGUGCUUGACGUUUGGCAGAAUGAAAUUGAUAGGCGAUUUCAACCUCAGAGCUUCAAAACGGUCACUUUCCACGGAGAUGCGCGACCAAAAAAGCGAGAACUUCUUCUUGGCCAUGACCUCAUCCUCACAACAUAUCACACCGUAGAAAAAGACAAUCGGGGAAAGGGGAUUCUGAAAUCCAUCAAGUGGUCAAGGAUUGUUCUCGAUGAAGCCCAUCAGAUACGGAACUCUUCGAUCAAACUCCAUAAGGCCGCAGCUACUCUGGAAAGCGAUACCCGGUGGUGUCUGACCGGAACACCCAUCCAGAACAGCUUCGACGACCUCAGAUCCUUGUUAAAGUUCCUACGUUUCGAGCCCUUUUGCCAGAGCAACGUGUUUGAACAGCACAUAGUGAAGCCAUUCAGGGAGGACUCACCAAACGGAAACGACGAGUCUCGAAACCUGAAGAUUAUGCUCAAAUUAUGUUGCCUACGAAGAACGCAAGCAAAGCUGGACCUUCCAGCUAGUACCAUAGAAAGAAUCGAUGUAACGCCCACCGAGACUGAAAAGUCUAUGUUCACAAGCAUUCUCGAUCAAUGCAGAGAAGAUUUCGACGAGAUGGCUGGGAAGGAAGGAAGCUCAAAGAAGUCAAACAUCUUGUUCUCGGCAAUCAUGAAGCUGAGGAGGGUUUGUAAUCAUGGAGCUAUCCCUAUCAGCGCUUGCAGCUCAAAACGCACAAAUCAACUGAUUGUUCCCAAGACAAAAGGGAAGGCUUCAAGAUCGCCAAGUGCAGAGCCAGUGUGCGAGUUUUGUGAUGAACGGACUGGAAAUGCUGAUCUUCUUGGUGGCCUUGACAGCUGUCCUAUGUGCGGUAGGCUUCAGUUUGAGAUGAAUGACGAAGCCUCAUCCCUGGCACCCUCACCAUCUCCAACGCCAUCUAUGAUGGAUCUAGAUACACCUGAUCCUCCUACCAGAGAAAUCUCGACACAAUCGAGCUACUACAUGAAACAACAGUCCUCAAAGAUGUCAGCAGUCAUCAACAAUAUCAAGUCAUCUUGUUUAGAUGCGAGUUCCAAGAGUGUUGUGUUCUCGAGCUGGAGAGACACUCUUGAUAUCUUAGCAACGAUGCUAGGAGCAGAAGGUAUUGCCUUUGUUCAGGUUGAUGGACGUAACCCGCUGGUCGGCCGAACGGAGCUACUCUCCAAGUUCUGCCAGGACCCAGUGAUCCGAGUCCUUCUCAUAUCCAUUAACACUGGCGCAGUUGGUCUCACUCUCACACAAGCAAAUAUGGUUCACAUCGUUGAACCCCAGUGGAACCCAGCCAUCGAAGAACAAGCGAUCGCAAGAGUCGUCAGGAUGGGCCAGACCAGUCCAGUCACCAUCUUCAAGUACAUAACGGCUGGCUCCAUCGAGAACACUGUUGUAAAAUUGCAAGAGAAGAAGACGCGGAUCAUCAAACUAUCAAUGCAGGACAAGGACGGUGUUGACUCUGAUGCGAACUUGGAUAGCUUCAAAUUUGCCAUUGAUCCUAACGAAUGGGGAGUUGUAUCAUGA